AUGACGUUAAUAAUUCACAGAGAAACUGCAGAUUCCGAGACUGAUGACUUUGAUGGCCAAAGACUGAUGGGCCUCCUGGUUUUGGGAAAUAGUGGUAGCUUGUUUCCAGGCAGUGAGCAAGAUGCCAGAAGACCCGCUCUCGGCAUCACCAUCACGCGCGUGAGCGUCCCGACGCCCCUGGCCGUGGGAGAGGGCGGCGUCCUCGAGUGCGAGUGGACGUACGACGGCGACCACGUGUACACCCUCAAGUGGUACCAGGGCCUCAGAGAGUUCUACCGCUGGACGCCGCAGGAGACGCCCCCCGCCAAGGCCUUCCCGAUGGACGCGCGGCUGAGCGUGGACCUGCGCGAGUCCGAGGGCGGCCGCGUCAGGAUCCGCAACGUGACGCUGGCGGCGAGCGGACCCUACCGCUGCGAGGUGUCCGGCGAGGCGCCCACCUUCCAGACUGCCCUCCGCUCCGCCGUCAUCACCGUCGUCGACCUGCCUGACGAGCGACCUGUCCUCUCGACGCCCGGGAACGAGGUCAUCCGGAUCGGUGACGUCAUCACCCUGAACUGCUCGUCCCACGGUGCCAAACCAGCGCCCGAAAUCUCCUUCUAUGUGAAUGAUGUGACGGUCGACCCCAUCUGGAUGACGGAGCGGCUGGUGACCCUUGACCCCGACACGCACCUGGAGACGGCGUGGCGCGGCCUGAACUUCUCGCUCCGCCCAGGCCAGGUCGAGCGAGGUCAGGUCAGGGUCAAGUGCGUGUCGUCCUACCCGAAGCUGUACUGGAAGAGCUCCGAGGUCGUCCUUCAGGUGGUGGGUGCCGAGGGCCUCGCCGGCGCCAGCGGCUACAAUUCGCAAGGAUUCGCUCUGACUGACAUCGCUCACCCGCUGGACAUCGCUCCCGUUCUCUUGUUUUUGCCUUGUCUACACUUUAUCGUCGCCUUUUUCUAGUUCCCUGUUUUUCUUUUCUUUUCUCUGGUCUUCGUUCCUUGCUUCUUUUCUUUCGUCCUUUUUUUUUUUGUAUCGAGUCUCUGUCUUGUCUCUGGCAGGUUGUUUGUAUAUAUAUAAAAAAAAAAUUUUUUUUUGUACUUUUUUUUCUUUUAUCCGCUUUUGAUGUUAUGUUUGUGGCUGUGUCAUUUUUUUUUUCCUUUUUUUCCUAAACGUAAGAUGUUCAAAAGUGUUUUCGCCGAUAUUUGCUGAUUUUCGUUGCCUCGUCUAUGUAUUUAAUUCCUUUGCUACUCUCUCUUACUUUCUGUCUCUCUCUCUCUCUCCCUCUCUCUCCUUUUAUCUCCCUCCCUUCCUCUCUUUCUCCCUUUCUCCCUUUUUCCCUCAUUCUCUCUCUAUUUAUGCUUCACACCUUUCU